AUGCUGCGGCCCACACAUUUAUCGCGGCUCGUCACGAGCGGCACCGUCGCCGUUACACCGUCCUGCUGGACGACGAAGCCUGCUGGCUGGUAUCUUGUUCCGAGCAGCAUCUUACCAGAAACAGAGGAACUGCGCGUCAGCAAGCGCUUUGAUUUUCUCAAUCAUUGCGCCCAGUACCUCUUCCUCGGACAGGUGAUGGCCCUCGCCGAGGAGGUCAAGUGCUUCCCACGGCUGGAGUGGUUCUACACCGAGCUCAGCUUUUCACUGCCACCGACGAAGGAAGCGGAGGUGCUGGCGAACUACAUGAACGAUCAGGAGCGUCUGCGGUGCGGUCUACGCAACCACUCUGAGGGCGGCACCAGCUCGUCCGACAUUUUAUGGAGCAAGGAGCUGAAGGAGCGCGUGCAGCGCCGCGCUGAAGAAGACUUCUGCUGGCUCCUCACGAAGGAUCAGCGCAAGACAGAGAAGUUCUUGCAGGAGACGUUCAUUCAGUGGCACCACCGCGCGGACUACCUCGUGACGCGCAAAAGUCGCGAGAAGCGCGAGUUCCGUGAAGACCUGACGCUGCAAAAGGUGAUUCAGCAAGGACAGGAGCGCAAACGGCGCAUGCAGCGGCGCCGCUGCCGUGACGAGGAGCGGCAGGAAGCCAUCAAGUCUGGCAGGGAGUCUGAGUGGGACAGCUUCACACAUGACGUGCUACCGCGUGAGCUGCGCGAGGCGCUUGAUCGGGAGAGCGACGGCAUGGAAGAUGUACGGCUCUCUCGCGCCGGCACGGCCACUGGCGGAUGGAGUCGAAGCAUGCGCUCUCAUCCGAAUCUUCGGUAA